AUGUCGUCCAGCACCGCUUCGAACGACUUCCCGGAACUGGGCAGCGGCCCCAAGCCUGUCGCCAAUGUGGCCCCUGUCUGGCUUGCCCGGACUCCUGAGGCGUCUGCGCCCGGCUCCGGCACCGCAACGCCCGCCCCGGAGACUGUGGCCGCUUCGACAGCCGCAACCGCUCCGAGCCUCUCAAUCCCGGGCCAGCACAAGGAGUAUCUGCUUCUGCACCCUGACGACAUUCUGCCCCGCGAGCAGUUGAAGCGUCCGAUCGCGGAUGUUAUCAAGGACUUCAACCGCAAGUCGCGUGCUCAGAUCAAGGUUAUUCCCCAUGCAGAAAACAUGCUCAGAAUCGAAGCCACCGGUCCCAAAGGCGAAUCCACCACCCAAACCCUGAAGGACUUUGUCGGCCUCGUCGGCGCCAAGCUGAAGCUCGAUCUCGAGGUCCCCCGCUGGGCACGGCCGCACAUUAUUGGCAGGGGUGGUGCCACCAUCAAGCAGAUCCAGGAUAAGACCGGUGCUCGUAUCCAAGUGCCUCGGGAAGAUGGCCAAGCCGCGCCCGAGGGUGAGGACGACGAAGAACUGAUCAAGGUCAUCAUCGAAGGCAACACCCAACAGGCUGCCCAUGCCCGCAAUCUGAUCUACGAAAUCAUGGGCGAGCGUGCUGGCACCGUCAGCCUCUCCGUCAAGGACGUGCCGGCGGAGUUCUACCCUUUCAUCGCCGGCCCGGACAACGAGAAGCUCAAGCUUCUCGAGGAGGAGCACCACGUUACGAUUAAGCUACCGACCGCCCGCCCUUUCUCAUCAGCACCACCCGCCCGGUCUGAGGAGACCGGUAACCCCGUCUUUUCCUCGGCAGCCGACAGCGCCAUCCAGGUGCGCGGCGACCGCUACGCCACCAAGAACGUGCGGACCAAGAUUGAUCAGCAAGUUCAAGAGCUCCGCAACCAACUGACCCUAGAAAUCGUCCAAAUCCAACAUGGGCGCCACCAGUUUAUCAUCGGCAACAGGGGCGUCUCCAUGGACCAGUUCUUCCAAGAGACUGGAUGCACUAUCGUUUUACCCGAGGACGUGGACGAGGACGACGUCUACAUCGUUGGGCCGCCCUCUCAAGUCGCGGCCGGUGUACAGAAAACCAUCGACCUCGCUAUGGGAAUGCAGUGCUCCAACAUCGACAUCUCGCGCUUCCACCGUCAAGCCCCCGGCGGUGCGGCGGUUCACGCGCGCAACGUCACUCGUUAUCUCCAGCAGAAGCGCGAGCUGGAGCGCGUGGGCAACCAACACGGUGUGCACUUCAACACCCCGUAUUCAGAGCAGGGCGCCUUGCCCUGGGAGAUCUAUGCCCGCGACGGUUCAGCCAUCGUCAAGGCCCAGUCUGAGGUCAAGUCGUUGGUAGAUGCGCACCCCCCGACCCGAGUGGCUACCGUUGCCAUCGACCCGUUCUAUCACCAGUACGUGCGCAAGGAAGUAGCGCCCUAUGUGCGCCAAACCUUUGGCGUCCACGUCGUCGUUCCCGAGGCUGCCGAAGCCAGCGCCCCUAUCCUUCUGGUGUACGAGCGCGCGUCGGGUGCCGAUGGGUACCAAGUCGCCCGCGAGGCACCGAAGCGGGAAGACCUCCCUGACAUCCAGAAGGGACUCCAAGGCGCCCAAAGCCAUAUCCAAAGCCUCCUGAGCGAACGGGAGCCCAUCUCGUCGAAAACGAUCGAGGUGCCUGUCAAGUUCCAUUCGCGACUCCAAAAGUUCAUCAAGAACGAGCAAGACGCCGCUCAGUCGACCAACGGCAUUCGCGCCCGGGUGUCGAACACCGGCGAGUCCGUCCACAUCCGUGGUCCUACCUCGGUGGUGGAUUCGCUCGUUGCCAAGUGCGUUGCGUUUGUCGAACAAGAAAAGCAGGACGAGACCGAACGCGGUCACAUCACCGAGUUCGACUUCCCGCAAAAGUAUGCCAACCACCUGAUCGGCAAGGGCGGCAGCAAUAUCAGGGAACUGCGGGAGAAGUUCGACGUCGAGAUCACAGUCAACGACGGCAAGGUGCAACUCAAGGGCCCCAAGGCUAAGGCCGAGGCGGCUAAGACACACAUCAACUCCCUCGCCCGCCAGCUGCAGGACGAGGCAACACAUAUCGUCAAGAUCGACCCCAAAUUCCAUCGCGAAAUCAUCGGCGCACAGGGUGCCCAGAUCAACAGGCUGCAGACCCGCUACAAGGUCCUCAUCUUCUUCCCGAGAAACAACAAUAAGAACAACAAGGACGACGAGUCUGCUGACUCAGCCAGCGAAGCCGGGAAGCCCCGCCGCCAGCAGGCCGCCGACGAAGUCAUCAUCCGUGGUCCUAAGCGGGGCGCAGACGAGGCUCGCGACGAGCUGCUAUCACUCCUCCAGUACCUGAAGGAUACGUCGUUCACGGCUACUGUGACGGUGCAGAAAAAGCAGCUGCCUUCCCUAAUCGGCUCCGGCGGUGCUGUCCUAGAGCAGCUCCGCCAGUCGACUGGGGCUAAGAUUGACGUUCCCAGCGCCAAGGAGUCGACCGAAGAGUUGGUCGAUAUCCAGAUCAAGGGUACUAAGGCCGAGGUCGCUGCGGCUAAGAAGGUCUUGGAGGAGAAGAAGGCCAUUUUUGAUGAUACCGUCAUCAAGAGGAUCGAGGUGCCGCGGAAGUACCACAGGAGCCUUAUUGGCGCUGGAGGUGCUACUCUUCGCGACAUUGUCGUUAAGGCUGGCGGCUCCGAUGACCAGCGCGAGCUGGCACGUACUAUCCAGUUCCCCAAGCAAGACGCCGAUGGCGAUUCGAUCAAGGUCGAGGGCCGUAGCGAGAUUGUGGACAAAAUUGUGGCCCGCAUCGAAGCCAUCGUUGCGGAGCGUGAGAGUCAGGUGACAGAAUCCGUGGAGGUACCGGUCGAGAAGCACAGGUCCAUCGUGGGCCGCGGCGGCGAGACCAAGCGGGGUAUCGAGGAGCAAUUCAAGGUCUCGAUCGACGUUCCUCGUCAAGGCAGCGGAAAGACGAGCGUCAAGAUUGUCGGUCAGCAAGCCGACGUCGAGAAGGCCAAGGCCCAUCUUGAGGAGUUCACCAAGGAGCAGCCGGGCGAAACAGUCCAAGUGCCCCGCGCUCUGCACCACAUCGUCUCCAACAACGGGGGGAUCUUCCGCAAAUUCCGCAACGAUUUCGGCAUCACCGUCGACCACGCCGGCCAGGCCGUUCCUCCCAGGCCCGCGGCCCCCAGCAACGCCCGCUCCACCAACGGCGGUGCUCUGCCUCUAAUCACCGACGACGAAGACACCGCAGCGGACGUGCACUCCUGGAACAUCGUCGAGCAGGGUUCCUCCUCCGACGCCGAAGAUGGCGACAUCCCCUGGGUCCUCCGCGGUUCGCCCGAAAACAUCGAAAAGGCCAAGAAAGCCAUUCAAACCGCCCUCGACCAAGCCUCCAAGCAGACAGCAACCGGCUACCUGGUCCUCCCUGACCCGCGUACCUACCGGUUCGUAAUCGGCCAGGGCGGGAGCAAAGUCAACGCCAUCCGCAAGCAGAGCGGGUGCAAGAUCACCGUGCCGCGCGACCAGAACCAGGGGGAUGCGAUCGAGGUGGUGGGCUCCCGUGAGGGUGUUGAGAAGGCGAAGGAUUUGAUCCUGGCCGCUGUGCAGGAGGGGUUGAGUAAUGCUGGUCCUCGGACACCGCGCGAAUAG